AUGUCAGUCAGACGUCUUCCUCCUCUUUCUCUGAUCUUUCUGCUCACGAUCGACGGAACUGUUCAGUGGCUCCCAUCUGAUUGGGUUGUGACCUACACCCCACCAAAUGUCUGCGCUUUAAAUGGAUCCAUGGUGUUUUUGAACUGCUCUUAUAAAUACCCUUCAGGUCUUAGGGUGACAAGGAUGUUGUGGUAUCUUACCACAGAGUCGACAGAGCUGCCCAAUGAACCAGGUUACUCGGGUCGAGUGCAGUAUUUUUCAGUUCAGGGUCAGGAUAAACACGCCGUUAGAAUAAGCGACGUGAGGAAGACCGAUGAACGUGUGUAUUACUUCAGAUUCGUAACGAACAACUCAAAAGGAAAAUAUACGGGUCCAUCUGGAGUUACACUCAAUGUUAUAGUCCUUCAGGUGGUCGCUCUUCAAGAAGUGAUGGAGGGACAACUGGCUAAUCUGACGUGCAGCACCACCUGCGGUCUGACCGACCCACCGACGUUCGUCUGGUUCAGAAACGGACUCAACCUGACCACGAACUCCACCAACAGCAGCCUUCUCCUGAAUCCGGUCAGCAGCGCCGACGCAGGCAAUUACAGCUGUGCCGUGAAGGGAUACGAACAGCUCCGCUCUCCUGAUCAAACCCUCACCGUCAGAUACCCUACAAAGAACGUCUCGGCGUCCAUCAGUCCCUCGGGUGACAUACUGGAAGGCAGUAUGGUGAAUCUGACCUGCAGCAGUGAUGGAUACCCAGCUGUGCAGAACUACACCUGGUUGAAGGGGAACACUACCUUACAGCAGGGCAGAACCUACACCAUCAACACCACCAGGUUGGAAGACAGCGGGGUUUAUUACUGCAAGUCCAGCAAUGCUCUCGGGGAGAAGAUCUCACCUGGUGUAUCUCUCAACGUUUUGUCUCCUCCAAGGAACGUCUCAGCGACCAUCAGUCCUUCUGGUGGAAUACUGGAGGGCAGUUCAGUGACGCUGACCUGCAAUGUUGAUGCCAACCCACCGGAGGUGAACUACACCUGGUUCAAGGGUGAAACUUUGGUAUAUAAAGGACAGACCUACAGCUUCUCCAGCAUCAACUCCAAGGACAGUGGAGACUAUAAGUGCCAGUACAGUAAUAAGUAUGGAGAUGGAAACUCCACCACCGUAACUCUUAAUGUUCUGUGUAAAUCCCCCAAUUAACGUCUGUCCAUCAGUCCUUCUGGUGGAAUAGUUGAGGGCAGUUCGGUGAAUCUGACCUGCAGUGGUGAUGCCAACCCACCAGUGGAGAACUACACCUGGUUCAAGGGCGAAACUUUGGUAUAUAAAGGACAGACUUACAGCUUCUCCAGCAUCAACUCCAAGGACAGUGGAGACUAUAAGUGCCAGUGCAGUAACAAGUAUGGAGAUGGAAACUCCACUGGUGUAAAUCCUAAUGUUCUGUAUCCCCCAAGGAACUUCUACGUGUCCAUCAGUCCUUCUAGUGAAAUACUGGAGACCGGUUCUGUGACUCUGACUUGCAACAGCGAUGCUAACCCGCCCGUGGACAACUACGCCUGGUAUAAAAGAGAGACCUUGAUAGCGACGGGACAGACGUACGACAUUCCCGACGUCUGCUCUGAGAACAGUGGAAAGUACAAGUGCACGUUCAGUAAUGAAUAUGGAAGCGGAAGCUCCAUCACGACUCUUGACGUCCUGUAUGCCCCCAGGAACGUCUACGUAAGCAUCAGCGAAUCGAAGACUCUGACUUGCAACGUCGACGCUAACCCACCCGCUGGGAACUACACCUGGUUUAUAGAAGGUGAAACGUCACCUGUAGGAUAUGAAAAGGUUUACGUGGCUUCACAAAGCGGAUCCUACUACUGCCGAGCUCAGAAUGUACUCAACGAUUCCGUUUCAGCCGUCCAGCAGGUCACGGUCGAAGGGACCUUGAAUGAGAGAGUUCUCCCGAUCGUGGCUGUAUGUCUGGUUUGUGUUUUGAUCGCCGCCUACUUGAAACAACGGUAA